AUGGCUGAACUCAUUCUUUCUGCCUUGUUGACUGUGGUCUUUGAAAAGCUGGCUUCUGGACAAUUGAAGAAGAUUGCUUCCUUCAAGGGAAUUGAUUCUGAGCUCAAGAAACUGAAGAGGUCAUUAAUCCAGAUCAGAGCUGUGCUUAAUGAUGCUUCUCAGAAGGAAAUAAGUGAUAAAGCUGUUAAAGGAUGGCUGAAUGCUCUCCAACAUUUGGCUUAUGACAUUGAUGACGUGCUUGACGAUUUAGCCACCGAAGCUAUGCAUCGUGAGUUGUGCGAGGAGCCUGGAACCUCCACCAGCAUGGUAAGAAAACUAGUCCCAAGUUGUUGCACAAGUUUCUCCCAAAGUACUAGGAUGCAUGCCAAGUUAGAUGAUAUUGCCAUCAAGUUACAAGAACUGGUAGUGGAAAAAAAUAAUCUGGGUUUAAGUGUGAUAACAUAUGAAAAACCAAAAAUUGAAAGAAAUGAGGCGUCUUUGGUAGAUGCAAGUGGUAUCAUUGGACGCGAAGAUGAUAAGAAAAAAUUUCUUAAGAAGCUGUUGGGGGAUAAAGAUGAAUCAAGUAGUCAAAACUUCAACAUCGUGCCCAUAGUUGGUAUGGGUGGGGUUGGUAAAACAACUCUAGCUAGACUUUUGUAUGACGAAAAGGAAGUGAAGGAUCGCUUCGAACUCAGGGCUUGGGUUUGUGUUUCUGAUGAGUUCAGUAUCCUCAAUAUAAGCAAAGUUAUUUAUCAAUCAGUGACCGGUGAAAACAAGGAAUUUGCAGGUUUAAAUCUGCUUCAAGAAGCUCUUAGAGAGAAACUUCAGAACAAACUAUUUCUAAUAGUUUUGGAUGAUGUAUGGUCUGAAAGCUAUGGUGAUUGGGAGAAAUUAGUGGGCCCAUUUCUUGCAGGGUCUCCUGGAAGUAGAGUUAUCAUGACAACUCGGAAGGAGCAAUUGCUCAAACAACUCGGUUUUUCUCAUCAAGACCCUCUGCAGCAUCUAGCACAAGAAGAUUCUUUGUCUUUGUUUGCUCAACACGCAUUGGGUGUGGAUAACUUUGAUUCACAUCCAACACUAAGGCAACAUGGGGAACGGUUUGUGAAAAAAUGUGGGGGAUUGCCUUUGGCUUUAAGAAUACUUGGGAGAUUAUUGAGGACAAAAACAGAUGAGGAAGAAUGGAAAUAUCUGUUGGAUAGUGAGAUAUGGGAUUUAGGAAAUGGAGAUAAGAUUGUUCCUGUUCUUAAACUAAGCUACAAUGAUCUUUCUGCCACUUUGAAGUUGUUGUUUGCAUACUGCUCCUUGUUCCCCAAGGACUAUGUGUUUGACAAAGAGGAGUUGGUUCUGUUGUGGAUGGCAGAAGGAUUUUUGCACCACUCUGCUGCAAGAAAGUCAAUGCAACAGUGGGGUCAGAAAUGUUUUGAAGAGUUGCUGUCAAGGUCAUUUUUUCAACAUGCUCCUAAUGACAAAUCGUUGUUUGUGAUGCAUGACCUCCUGAAUGACUUGGCCACAUUUGUUGCUGGAGAUUUUUUUUUAAGAGUCCUAAGUUUGAGUAAUCUUAGCAUAAGCGAGGUACCAGAAGUCAUCGGUAGUAUGAAGCACUUGCAGUAUCUCAAUCUAUCUCAAACUAAAAUUACCCAUUUACCGGAAAAUGUCUGCAAUCUUUAUAAUUUACAGACGCUGAUUGUUUCUGGUUGUUAUGAAUUAGUUAAGUUGCCUGAGAGCUUCUCAAAGCUUAAAAAUUUGCAGCAUUUUGACAUGAGGGGUAGUUUCAUGUUGAAGAAGAUGCCCUUAGGGAUUGGUGAGUUGAAAAGUCUUCAAACUCUCUCCAGUCACAUUGGCUUAGCAAUAACUGAGCUUACUAAUUUGCAAAAUCUCCAUGGGAAAGUUUGUAUUCCGGGGCUGGGCAAUGUGCAGAAUGCAAUGGAUGCACGCGAGGCGAACUUAUCACAAAAGCGGCUUACUGAGAUAGAGUUGAAUUGGGGUUCUGAGUUUAAUGAUUUCCGAACGGGAGCACUUGAAAAAGAGGUCCUCGAUGAGCUGAAGCCUCAUAAUGGCACACUAGAAAAACUCGGAAUUGAGUCAUAUAGAGGUAUAGAGUUUCCAAAUUGGGUUGGGGAUCCCUCCUUUCAUCGGUUGACUCAUGUGUCAAUAGAAGGGUGUGAAGAAUGUACAUCUCUACCAAGACUUGGGCAACUACCAUCACUGAAGGAACUGUUUAUUGGUGGGAUGAGUAAGGUGAAGGUUGUAGGUUUGGAGUUACUUGGAACCGGCCUUGCAUUUCCUUCACUUGAAAUCCUACGGUUUUGUAGAAUGUCAGGGUGGGAGGAAUGGUCAACAAAUAGUGGGGCGUUUCCUUACCUUCAAGAGCUUCUUAUUGAAUAUUGUCCUAAUCUGGUUCAGGUCUCCCUUGAAGAACUACCUACACUAAGAGUUCUGAAACUAAGAAAAUGUGGCCAUGGUGUCUUGAAAAACCUUGUUGAUGUAGCUUCAUCACUCACCAACUUGGAAAUAGAUGAUAUUUGUCCUAAUCUGACUCAGGUCUCCCUUAGAGGACUACCUUCACUAAGGUUUUUGAAACUAAUAAAAUGUGGUCAUGGUUUAUUGAAAAGCCUGGUUGAUGUAGCUUCAACAAUCACCAAGUUGGAAAUAAUUGCCAUGUCAGGGCUUACUGAUGAACUGUGGAGAGGUGUUACAGAGUAUCUUGGGGUGGUAGAAGAAAUAAGCAUCCGUUCUUGUAAUGAAAUAAGAUAUUUGUGGGAAUCAGAAGCAGAGUCAAGUAAGGUUCUUAUGAAUUUAAAGAAGUUGGAGUUAAGAGAAUGUGAAAAUUUUGUGAGUUUAGGGGAGAAAGAGGAGGAUAAUAUUAAUAGUGGGAGCAGCCUAACAUCUUUUAGAAGGUUGAAAGUAUGGAAAUGUAACAACUUGGAGCAUUGCAGUUGUCCAGAUAGCAUGGUGGAUUUGGAUAUUGAAAGUUGUGAUUCAAUUACAUCACUCUCCUUCCCAACAGGAGGAGGGCAGAAGCUCAAGUCACUUGUCAUCUUCAACUGCAAGACACUAUUGGAAAAGGAGUUGGGAGAAAGAGAGAAGACAAGGGUGCUUAUCAACUCAAGCAUGCGGAUGCUUGAAAAUGUAUAUAUAAGUUAUUGGCCAAAUCUGAAAUCCAUCAGUGAAUUGAGUUGCUUCAUUCACCUGAACAGAUUAUAUAUAUCAAAGUGUCCGAGUAUAGAGUCAUUUCCUUACCAUGAGUUGCCGAAUCUCACCUCGUUAACAGAUCUUACAAUAAUAGAUUGUACAAGUAUGGAUGUAUCCUUUCCUUGUGGGCUUUGGCCUCCGAAACUGUGUUUUCUUAAAAUAGGAGGGUUGAAGAAGCCCAUCUCGGAGUGGGGCCCACAGAAUUUCCCAACCUCGCUUGUUGACCUAAUAUUACAUGGCGGGCCAUAUGAUGAUGUGAAAAAGUUUGAUCAAUUGUCAUAUCUUCUUCCUUCAUCCCUUACUUAUCUUGAAAUAAAUGGAUUUGAGAAACUGGAAUCGGUUUCAACGGGACUCCAACGCCUCACCUCCCUCCAAAAAUUCUUCAUUAGCAACUGCCCGAAGACGAUAGAUCUACCAGAAACAUUGUUGCCUUUACUUCUGGUAUUGAGAAUAGAAGGAUGCCCAAAUCUGAAAGAAAGGAUUAAUUAUGUGAAGCCAAGCAAUAAAAGAUCAAAGGCCGGUGGAUGUAGUGAAUUCUGAAAUUAAAGCAUCAAAAGAAAAUAAAAAGAUCAAGCUGAUGAUGGCUUACAAAGGAAGACAUUUAUAUGGUGCUGCUUCUAGUUUACAAGGGGAAUGACUUGCUUUCCGACUAUCAUCCAUGGAAGUUAAGUGCAGAACUCCUGCUGAUGAUCGAAGCUGUGAAGCUUCAAUGAUUUUUAUGUGUAGCAUCUUUUCAAUCAUUUAAACUGGGCUCAAUCUCUGCAUAACCUUGAUGUUGCAAACUUGUAUUGCUUUUUACCUAACUUUUUAAAGACUUGGUUGAACCGAAAGAGAAAGGGAGGUUGCGCUGAUCCUAUGAUGCUUUGUCAAGAAAUUAUUAACGGUUUCAUCAGUAGUUUGUCUGGAAAGACUGGGUGAGAGAUAGAUUAAAAACAGAACAAAAACAGAGAACUCCAUCUGCUGUUCCAAGAAGUUGAAAACGGAUUUCAUGUCACUUUGACUUUCAUCGAGUGUUGUAUAACUUUAGUAACUCAUGGCGCUUUCUGAAUAAAAUAUUUGCCUGCAAACAAAAUGCACUUUCAACUAUGCUUGUUAAUAUAACACGUGAU